UUACAUUUUGAUGUGGCGAGGAAAAAUUACUUUCGCACAGCUCAGCGGAAUGAGUAAUCAUGGAUAUAAAUGACCAGUCAAAGGCAAGAGAUGACAAUCAAAAACAGAACGAGGAUAAAUCAUCCUUGGGAAAUGUUGAUUUACAAAAGUUUUCUUCCUCUUUUGACAAAUGGUACGCCUCCACUCUGUCUUUGCUGAAAACAAACACAGAUCUUACAAACGAAUUGGAUCUUCAAAGGACAGCCAACAAGAGUCUGAACGAGAAGAUGAAAAGUCUGACCACCGAAAACCAGAAAAUGCAGGACUCGCUGAAUAGUCUGUACUGUAAAAUGUAUGUGUAUUGCGACUUAGAGGAAGAAAUCGUGGCUCUGAGAGAGAAAAUUAAAACAAAAGACGAGGAGAACUUACAUAUCGUGGAGAAGAUGAGACAAUUACAGGAAUCAUACAAUGAGAAAGAAAAGUCAUUGCAGCAGGAUUACAAAAAUCAGAUGGAAGCUUUACGAAUGGAACUCUCUGAGACACUAGAAAAUACGACGAAACACCAUGAUGAAAUGAUUCAAAAGAAAGUCCUAGAACUGGAAGACCUUGAUAAAGUUUUGAAGAAACGAGAUGCGGAUCACAAUGCAGAAGUGACGCGUUUAUCGAUGGAAUGGGAAGAUAAAAUAUCAGAACUUAAACAGCGGCUCCAACAGCAACAGACAAAGCCAAGCUGUUCUAGUAAUCAGGAGAUCUUCCGAAUGAAGUUCCUGAAUCUAAAACAGGAGUAUGACGGCGAAAUGAGGAGACUUCAGCAGAUCAUACAGACUUUAGAAGACAGACUUCGAACACGCUCCGACACUACCGUGACACAGACUGGACGCCCUAGUCUAAAGAAAAGGAAGCUAUAACUUCAGAGCGGUAUCCUGUCAAUUUUCCCAUGACGAAAGUGAAGAACCAUGAGAUAACUCUAGAUUAUUUACAGUUUUAUUACGAAAAAAAAAGAACUUACAUUGUGAGAUACGAGUAUACAACAAUGAUAAUGAAAACAAUCAAUAAGAUGAACGAAAAGAUACACAGAUGACAAAAAUAAAAUACACAUUUGUUAAAUAAUAAUGUUAUCAACGAUAAAAUGGAGGUAAAUGUAUUUCUUAAGGACUUUAAAUUUGCUUUGAUUAAAGUAGGAAAAGCUUUACAUCUUAU